UGUAGGGUAUAUGAUUCAUCACGGAACGCAUUAUCCGGAAAAAAGGGAAUUCGAGCUGUGACAUCUGGUCAAAAAAACCUGCUGCAGCUUGAAUUGCGGGCAAUGUAUCAAUUGACUGACGCUGGUCUUACUGAAGUCCAUUGCCCGCAUCUGCAUACAGUGGAUAUCAGCGGUUGUGCUAUGGUAACAAGCCUAGGAAUCCGAUUCCUUGUACAAAGAAACCCGAAUCUCCACUGCCUUUAUCUCAAUCAUUGUCGAUCGCUUGACGAUCAAGCUCUCUAUGAUAUUGCCUACUAUGUGGGAGAACGAUUA